CUUCUACCGGGCCACCUCGCGCAGUCUGAAUCGAGCGGCUCGCCGAAUCGCCCGGUGCCCGCGUCCAACACCGUGUGACUUUGCGAGUGAGCGUGUGUUUACAAAAUUCGUGUGCCCUGUCGUUUUGCGAAUGUUACACGAGUACCGCAGAAACAAUAUCGGUGUAUUUUUCUUCCCCUCGAUAGUAGUAUAAGUUUUCGCUCCCCGACCAGUCUCGAGAUACCGUCGACACGACGAAACUACAAAAUAUAGAGGUGUCGAGCCGGAUCGAAGCGAGUACCGUGAUCGUUAAAAUCAAAUAAAAAAAAAUAUACCGUAUUAAAUAAAAUUAAUUUAAAAAAACAUAUAUAUAUAAAUUAGGUAUUAUAGAAUACUUAUAUUUUAUACACGUUGUAUUAUUGUUUAAAAAAAAAAAACAACAAAGACAAAACUAUUAUUAUUAUUAUUCGUGUCAACGACUCGUGACGGACGACGGGAAAACGCGAUCAAACGUUUUCGGAUAGAUGCAUCAUCUAUAGCCGCCGAACACACGACGAUCAUCGACAUACACAAAAUCAAGAAUCGAAAAGAUGGACACUCUCGACGAUUUGGAGAACGGCAAAUCUCAGCAUCAUAUGUUGAAAAGACCACCUGUUGAUAUCGAAUUUACAGACUUGACAUACAGUGUGCCGCAAGGUCGAAAUGGAUCAAAAUUUAUUCUUCGAAGCGUAAGCGGCUUGUUCAGAUCUGGUGAGCUGACGGCGAUACUGGGACCGUCCGGCGCCGGAAAGAGUACUCUGAUAAACGUAUUGGCCGGCUACAGGUGUGCCGAUGCCAGGGGUUCAAUAAUGGUAAACAGUCGACCAAGAGACAUGAGAACAUUUCGGAAAAUGAGCCGAUACAUCAUGCAAGAGGAUCUUUUGCAACCGUCCCUGACCGUUCAGGAGUCCAUGGAGAUUGCUUCAGACUUGAAGUUAGGUUACACCAUUUCCAAAGAAGACAAACUUAACUCGAUCGACGAAAUUCUUCAGAUGCUUCGAUUGUCCAAGGCGAAGAACACGCUUAUGGAUAAUUUGUCGGGCGGUGAAAGAAAACGAUUGUCCGUAGCCUUAGAACUGGUCAACAAUCCACCUGUGAUAUUUUUAGACGAACCAACGACUGGUCUGGACGACCUGUCAAGCUCGCAGUGCGUUGCGCUGCUAAAGGAAUUGGCUUCCGGCGGUCGUACCAUCGUGUGUUCCAUUCAUACUCCCAGCGCCAAACUGUUUGCCAUGUUCGACCACGUGUACAUAGUUUCCGAAGGACAGUGCGUGUUCACCGGAGACGGUCAGGACAUCGUGCAGUACCUGUCCACAGUGGGACUGAAUUGCCCCAAGCACUACAAUCCGGCGGACUUCAUGAUCGAAGUGUGCAGCAGAGAGUACGGCGACUACACGGACAAACUUACCGCGGCCGUCGAUAACGGAAAGUGUUUGAGGUGGUACAAAGACGACUCGGAAUGUCGGAAACCGCUGGUCCGAAGGGCGUCGCAGUACGACACUGUGUCCAAGCACUUGUACGAUUUCUCCACCUCUGGAACGACUCAAUUCAAAAUCCUUCUCAGACGCAUGGCGAUCCAGCACAAGAGAGCAUACGCCUUUUUACUGUUAAAAUUCGUCAUGUACGCGUUCAUAGGCCUCAUGGUCGGUAGCAUGUUCUUCCAUUUUGGAAACGACGCGUCUGCCACAAUUUUCAAUUACGGUUUCAUUUUCAUAACCGUAAUCGUGUUCAUGUACACGCCGCUUAUGCCAGUAUUGUUAAAAUUUCCCUCCGAAGUCCAGCUGUUAAAACGAGAAUACUUUAACCGGUGGUACGGAUUAAACGCCUAUUUCUGCGCACUGACUUGCUCGCAGUUUCCAAUGCAGAUUCUUUUGUCGUCAGUCUACAUAGCCAUAACUUAUUGUUUAACCGACCAGCCGUUGGAGAUGAGUCGAGUGAUCAAAUUCUCCGUCGUCUGUCUGCUGGUGUCUCUGUCGUCCGAAAGCAUGGCGUAUGCCAUUUCGUCACAAUUCAGCGUCACGAACAGCGUUUUUCUCGGUCCGUGCACGGCUUGUCCCAUGAUGCUGCUGGCGUCGUUCGGGCUGGGCUACAAUGAGGACGAGAUCCCAACGCUGAUCAGGCUGGGCAUGAGCCUCAGCUAUCUGCGGUACGGCGUCGAGGCGCUGGUCAUGUCGGUUUACGGCGACGGCCGGGGCAGGCUGAUUUGUCCGCCCAAUGAAGACUAUUGCGAACUGCGUGACCCGUCCGCCCUGUUCAAGACGGUCGGCAUGACCAACGUCAACUACUGGGUGUCGCUGACAGCGCUGUUCUCCAUGUUCGUCAUGUUCAAGGUGGCGUCGUACGUGAUGCUCAGGUGGCGGCUCAGCUCCAAACCGUCGAUACUGCUCAGGCUCGGUUUCAUCGGCAGGCUGAUCAAGUCCCAUUUCAACAUUCCCCGUUAAAAUGUUUUGCCACCGCCGUACAUCAUCAUCAUAUUAUUAUUAUUAUUGUUAUUAUUUAUGUACUCGUGUUUACUAUAUGAUGACUUUAUAUGGUAUUUAUGCCGGUAAUUAGUCUGCAACGACUAUGUUCGCUGCAAUUGUGAUAAUACAAGUCUUCAUAAUAUAUAUGUAUACACAUACUUCCAUCAUAUAUAAUAUGCUUAAUACAUAUGCAUAUUAUAAAACCUGAUAUGAAGUAAUAAUUAUUUAUGUAAUAAUUAAAUUUCAACUACUUUUUUUCGACAGUAUAUAUAUAUAUAUAUAUUAAAAACAAGUGCCUUGGGUCAAGAAAGGCCCAUGACACUUUUUGGCCAUAUUGGCCACCACAUUGAUGAUAUUUUAAAAAGGCCAGCAAUUCUUAUUCCAAAAAAAUGACUAAAAAGUGACAUGGGCCUUCGUUGACCCGAGCCACAGAAAUAUACUAAAUAUAUAAAUUAGUUAAUAGUGUUAAGUGUAUUGUGACUAUAUAUUAUAUAUAAAUAUUAUUUUUAGAUAAUUAAGUGUAUAAAACGAUAUAAUGUAUAAUGUCUAUAAUAGGUAAAUAGGGAUGAAAUUGUUUAUAAUAUGAAAAGAAAAAACAAUCAUAUUUAUAAAUAAUAUAUAUAUUUAUGUUUAUAUUUUUAAAUAUACUACGUUGUAUACGUUAAAUAUAUAAAAUUUGCGUUGAACGAGA